GCCCCGCCCCGAGCGGCGGAGGCUCCCUGACCCCGGUGCCAUGCGUCCCGGUGGUGCGGGCAUGGCCGUGUCCUGGGCGCUGCCCGCGCCCCUCAGCCCGGCGCAGCUGAAGCGGCUGGAGCAGCACCGCUACAGCGCGGCCGGGCGCUCGCUGCUGGAGCCGUGGCUGCAGCCCUACUGGGGCUGGCUGGUGGAGCAGGUCCCGCGGGGGCUGGCGCCCAACGCCAUCACCAUGGGCGGCCUCCUGCUGAACUGCCUGACGGCGCUGCCGCUCAUCGCCUGCUGCCCCAGCGCCACCGAGCAGGCACCUUUUUGGGCAUACAUCCUGGGUGCACUAGGACUUUUUAUCUACCAGUCUCUGGAUGCCAUUGAUGGGAAGCAAGCCAGAAGAACCAACAGUAGUUCUCCCCUCGGAGAACUCUUUGAUCAUGGUUGCGACUCUAUUUCCACAGUAUUUGUUGUCCUUGGAUCCUGCAUAGCAAUCCGACUAGGAACAAAUCCUGACUGGUUGUUUUUCUGUUGUUUUGUGGGACUGUUCAUGUUCUAUUCUGCUCACUGGCAGACAUACGUAUCAGGCAUACUAAGGUUUGGAAAAAUUGAUGUCACUGAAGUUCAGAUGACCAUAACAGUGCUGCUCUUGAUAUCUGCCUAUGCAGGACCAGGAAUAUGGGACUAUAAGGUCCCUUUGCUGGGCUUAGAACUGAAGUUCUUUGCAGUUAUUGGCAUCCUGUGUGGAACAGCACUAUCUUUUUUCAAUUACUUCCGUGUCAUCUUUGGUGGAGGGGUCGGAAAGAAUGGAUCUACAAUAGCAGGAACAAGUGUUCUUUCACCAGGCCUGCACAUUGGACUGCUUAUCACACUGGCCAUUACAAUUUAUAAAAAGUCUACAACUCAACUGUUUGAAAAACAUUCUUGCCUGUAUGUCUUGACAUUUGGGCUUGUGAAUGCCAAAAUCUCACAGAAGUUGGUGGUGGCUCACAUGACAAAAAGUGAAAUUUGUCUUCAGGACUCUGCAUUUAUUGGGCCAGGGCUUCUGUUUUUGGACCAGUACUUCAACAGUUUCAUUGAUGAAUAUAUUGUUCUGUGGAUAGCAUUUUUCAUAUCCUUGUUUGAUAUGCUGAGAUAUGCCAGUGGUGUGUGCCUACAGAUUGCCGCUCAUCUUCAUAUACAUGUCUUCAGAAUUUCAUCUCAUCAAGCUCCUGAGCAGGUACAAGUUGCUCCUCCACUGAGCCAUCAGAAUAACAUGGACUGAAGAGACUUGCGAACAGUUGCCAUCUCCUGCUGUUGCUGUCACAAGAAAAGGAGAUAAUGCUGAACAAAUGCUGUAUCAAUAUGAUUCCUUUGAAUUAAAUGAAUGUCAAAUGACUUUUAAUUGAAUGUUCUAUUUUUGCAUUUAAUUAACUUCAUAGAUCUGAUACUUACAGUGUCCAUCAUAAUUUUUUUCUGCAACAUUGCCAUUUCCUUGCGAAGCUCAUUUUGGGCACCAGCCAGAAGAUUUUCAUUGCUCUUCUCCAGCUCUUCCAAGCUCUGAAGUUAAAGAUAAUAUCAAUUCAGAACUCCUCAAUGUCAAGCAGUUAAUUUUAAACAACCAAACAAUAAUAAUUCAUACUACAAUUUAAUUUUUACAGUGAUCACAGAUAAUUGAUGAGUUUGUCACAAACUUGGCAGAGGAAUCAUCCAGGACUUCAUACUCCAGUCUACAUUCCUAUUUAAGCAGUAUGUACCCUGGGAAGAAGACAGAACCCUCCAGUCUGCCUCUGUGAGGUCUCAGCUAAUUUUUCUGCGUUUCAAUUAAGAUAAAAAUCCUACAAGAGAUCGAACCAGACAUCUGUCAGGAAUUCUAGGGGUUCAGUAUUAUGACAGCCUUGUGGAACUUGAAGUGAGGAGUGUAAACCCCAUUGUGUUUCUUUGCACACUUCUCCCCAAAUAAGCCAAAUAAAACUCUCUGGUUAUUGUCCCUUUUUUUGCAUACAAUUACACUUACCUCUGCGUAUGUGUCUAGUUACAUUUUCCUUAAUUUGUAUUUAUUUAAGCUUAUUUGAACUUUGACUUCUACCUUUUGAUACUCUUUGAGAAGAAAAAUCAAAGGAAUACUUGACCUUCUGUUCAGUUUUUCUUCUUUGAUGAAGAGAUUUUGACAUUUUGGAAUAGUUAUUAUUUAUUAAUGCUUCUGUAAUAUACUCAGUAAAUUCUCACUAUUUUAAACUAAGAGAUGCUCCAUUUCAGAUUUAUUUUUAUCAACUACCAGGUUUGGAAAAACCCAAACCAAACACCAAGGUUAUCAUAACUGAGAUUUCAAAACCAGCUAGAAAAUGACUUGAACUGAAAUUAAGGUUUGUCAGAACUGAUGGAUUUGAAUCUGCCCUGUAUACUGGGGGCUGUGCAACUGGUGAACCUGGAGUGCUGGGUCCAGUUCAGACUCCCGAGGACAAGAGAGACACAGACAUACAGGAUAGAUUCCCACAAAGGGUCAUCAAGAUGAUUAAGGCACAGAAGAGUUUUCUCUUGUGAAGAAUGCCUUUAAAUAAAAAAGUAAAAUUUUUGUGUAGUGGUACUCAAAACAGUUUUUUUGCUUGCUAAUAUAUUAGUUACUUUGUUAAAGAAAUACCAAACAACUUGAAACACUGAAUUAGUAUAGCUUUCUUAAGUGAUACAAGGAUCAUAAACUGCUUUCCAAAAAAAAUUUACCUUUAAGAAUUGCUCGUAGAGUUGCUUAAUGGUUUUCAGUCUCUGACUUUGAACUAUUCUUGCCUGUUGAAAAACUUUUUGUUGCUGACGAAGCAUAUUCUGAAGCAGAAGCAAAAGAAAAACAUAAUUACAUCAGUUGUUAAGUAGAGUGCUUGGACAGGACAGUAGUUCAUUUUUCAGAAUCAGAAAAUGUGCCUUUAUUGGAAAUCUGUGCCUUGUAAUGUGGAUCUCUCUCUGGAGAAGUUACCCUGGCUUUUAUUAAUGGAAGUAAGACUGAAGACUGGAUUAAGCCCCACAUCACCUCUUGAGGUCUCUUGCAACCUGAAUUAUCCCUGUAAAAUUCCAUGAGAAUUGCUAUGCCCCACAGCUUCUUAGGGUAUCCCAGAGGAAUGUGCUACCUAGGGAAAAGCAAACCUUGCAAAUGUGUUGGAAAUACAAACACAGCAACAGCACAGGAUUACAUUCCAUUGUAUAGCUCCUAUCCUCUUUAAGGAAUGUAUGCUAAAAGAACUACUUUCCUUAAAAUUCCUUUGUUCCCUGAGACUAUGGAUGGAGAGAAACAGCACAUGUCUUUCUUCUGCUUAAAUGGUUCUUGCUUUUCUCAAGCCAUAUGCUGACCUAGGGCACCAUUUAACAGUGUUUAUAAACUUGCAAUAAAGUUUAUAAAUGCACCUCUCUUCCCAAACUUAAACAAUCACAUAUUUAUGUUUAAACUACAUAAAGUGUUUUUACAUUUCUUGAGUAUUGAAAGAACAGUGUUUUCCUCCUUGUGGAAAAUACAGUGAAACUCACAGCAUGCUGGAAACUCACCCCUAGUUUUUCUUCCUGCUCCUCUGCUUUUUGCACAUCUACAUCCCAUUGCUGAAAUAAAGUCAGGAACUGCUGGGAGAACUCAUGAUUGAGCUUCUGCCUACAAACAGACACUGUCUGUAAGUAUGACAAAUGCUACAGGUAAUUACAAGGAAAGCUAAGGUUCAACAUACACGUGGAAUAGAAGAAAAGCUGGCAUAGAUAAAGAAAUGGGCUAUUUUAACAUCUGAUCCCAUUUAAGUAAUGUAUGUUUUGAAAAACUGAACACACACAUACACUGAGUGGAUGUGGAAUAGAUCUAUAGAGACAGCACUCCCAUAAAAUACUGGUUAAAAAGAAAUUGUAACAACUCUUCCUAACAUUGUCAGGUUUUCUGAGAUUUACUAUGUUUUUCUAAUUCAAUUAAAGAUGGUGACUUUAACACAAGGUGUUUAUUUUGCAAAACUGAUAAGCUCAUUUCUUAAAAUUUUGUCCGUACAACUUUCAAAUACAAAUAAAUGUAGAACAACAUCAAGGCAGUUAAAAGUAUUGCUCACUUUUUAGCUGUCUCCUUUUUCACAUUGAUAUCUCUGGUAUCUGAUUUAGUAAUUAAAUAUGCCUUAAGAGGGGUGAGGAAUGUUAAGCACGGUGAAAACUAUUUACUUUCUUAACCAGAAUGGUAUUAAAGUUUUACUGAACAUUUUGAGAUUUCAGGUAGAAACAGAAAAUUCCAAAGUGGGAAAAACUGCCCCACAUUGUUUUAAAAUAUGUAAUAACAUCAAAGGUCACUUGCCAUAAAGAUAAAAGUAAGCCCCGCUCUUUAACGUACCUUGCUCUCAGAGUUCCAAAUCCUAAAUUUAUCUGUUCAAAAGAGAAUGAGUUAAACUAUUUCUGUCAGAUUAACAAAGUAGACACAACAGGAGGCAGCAGAGGCCCUGAGCAGAUAUUUAACAUUAGAUACAGUACUUGCUAUUACAAGGUGACAGACCAGCUAUCCAUUCUGUGACCCAGGUCACAGAGUCUAGCUCCACAGGCUUAAAAACCAAGAGAAAAGCUCACCUUUGCUCCUGCUGUGUUUUCCAAACAUGUUCAAUCUUUUGGUUACUGGUUUUCAGUGAGGCUUUUGUAUACAUUUCUAAUCGUUUCCUCUUGGCUAAGAGAGCCUUGUUAAUGUCAGCUGAAAGCCACGGAAUAUUUAGAAAUUAGGCAUACUGGAUACAUUGUGUCACAUACUAAAAAGGCUGAUGAGUUACACUUUGGAGAAGCAAAUUAGGUGUAUUCUAGCAACAAGAAGCUCCUGUGAUCUGAACUGAUGUGGUGAAUGUCCCUCAGCCUGCUGGUGGCACUGGCGUGAACGUUGCUUCCUUAUGCCCCUCACAUGCCCUAACCAACACCUGUUUCAGAGUCAUAUGCAAAUUUCUUGAAUUGCAGAAAUAAAUUAAGGUUAGUAUGUGGUUACUAUCCCUGUAAGCAUACUUAAUGAAUGAACAACUAUUUUUAUACUUCAGAGAGACAGUACUUUUUAUGUAUUAAUGUAAGUUACUGUAUUUGUUUCACUUCAGUUUACAUUUGGAGAUUUAUCAAGUCACAGCUUGAGAUUAAUACAGUAAUUUAUUUUCCUGCUCACUGUAGAUUUCAGGAAACAUCUGUCAAACUUCUCUAAUUUGCUGAGGCAUCUGUCUCUGCUAAUGCCAAACCUACAGUUUUGUGCAGGCAGCAUCCUCUCUGAUCCAUUCAUUUUCCCUCCUUCUAUCCUUCCUUUCUUUCCUUUCUUGAGUCUUAAAUUACACGCAGUUGUAACUUUUUAGCAUUGAAAUCCCCUUCUUAUCUGAAUUUCCAGAUCUGUAAUUCUAAUAUGUAAUACAAAAUAUGUAAUUUUAUGACAGCCAAAAGUCCUAUUUGGGGAUUAAGGAGUUACUCAAGUUCCUCUUUCACCUUAAAUUUGACAUGCAAGUAAUGACCCUGUACAGGUUUCUUUUAUUACAUACAAUGAAAGUAUUAUUCAGCUAUUGAGUGUGUAAUGCUGGCAUUAAAAUUGUUUCCCUUCCUUCCA